AUGAGUCUCCUCAAAGAGCGGAAACCCAAGAAGCCGCACUACAUCCCGCGGCCUCCGGGGAAGCCCUUCAAGUACAAGUGCUUCCAGUGUCCCUUCACCUGCAACGAGAAGUCUCAUCUCUUCAACCACAUGAAGUACGGCCUCUGUAAAAACUCCAUCACUUUAGUGUCGGAGCAAGACCGCGUCCCCAAGUGCUCCAAAUCCAACUCUCUAGACCCUAAGCACGCGCACCCGCCGGACACCGCGGCGAAGCCCACCCCCUCCAAGCCCACCGCAAACAGGGUCCCCCACCUGGACACCAAGCUUCCGCUCGGCCUUGCCAAGGACGAUGCCAAGGAAAACGUGGAACUGCAGGUGCACAAGGGUGCCGGGCAGAAGCCUGCCCCCCACAAGGAAGGAGCGCGCCUGGGGCCGGCCUCAGAAGCCACCGUGGGCACCCAGCCCGCCCUGGAAGGCGUCAUGCGGCCGUCGGCCUUUGUUCCCGUUGGAGAGCACAGACUCAAAGGGCCGGAGCGCACGGAGGGUCCCGAGCCGCUGGCCCUGCCCAGCCCCGCAGCCAAGGCCACCGCCUUCCACGCCAAGUCUGCGUUCCACGCCCCUGCCUACCCGUGGAAAGCUGGCUCACCUUUCCUCCCGCCAGAGUUCCCACAUAAAAUCCCGCCCACAAAGGGGUUCGGUGCCCUCUCCCCUUACGUGCACCCUACAAUCCCCGAGUACCCACCCCACUUUUACACGGAGCACGGACUGGCCACCGUCUACUCACCCUACCGACUGGCCGGGAACUCGCCCGAGUGUGACACCCCCCUGCUGCCCGUCUACGGGGCCCCAGACCACAGGCACUUCCUGCCUCACCCCGGGCCGGUGCCCAAGCACCUUAACCCAUCCCCCGCGACAUACGACCAUUACCGGCUCUUCCAGCAGUGCCACCCCAACCUGCCGGUUCCUUACGGAUUUUACAGACCAGAGUCUGCGUUCUCCUCCUAUGGUCUCAGACUCCCACUUGUCACUGGCAUUUCGCCGGAUCAAAGCUCUCAGCUGCUGGAGGAAGCUGCCCUGGUCUACCGGGCCUCCAGUCCAUCCAAGUUAAACCCUUCCAACUCCCACAAAAAACACGCAGAGUUUGACAGAGAGAGUCCGACUCCCGAGGCUGAAGACCCCCCCAAAGACAGGCAGAGGGACACAGAAGGGACCAAGAUGAGCCCACGUGCGGGCAGCGCGGCCACCGGCUCCCCAGGAAGGCCGAGUCCCACCAACUUCACGCAGACAAGCCAGCCGUGUGCUGGGCUAGGCAGCCUCUCAGACAAGCCCACCUUGAGUGCCCUGGGAAGGCUCCAGGAACCAGAACGGAGCCUCACAGCCUUCAAGCCCAUCACGAAAAGCACAGAGCACCCACAUUCCCAGGCUCUGGAAAACCGGGACAACUCUCCAAAAAGCCCCGAAGCCGUGAGCGCCGACGCUCCAGCUCAGACAGGAAGCGCCUGUGGGGGCACAGAAGCCACGCCAUCCAGCCCAGAGGGCGGUCCCAGAAUAUCCCCGCUGAACCUCUCCAAGAAACCGGAGGCCAGGCCGGCAGCCGCUCACAACCCCGUGUGCAAAGACCUCACAGAGCCGCAGGACGUGCCCCUGGACCUCUCGGUGAAGGACCCCUGCAACGCCCUGGCGCCGAGGCCCGCCCUCCACAGCCCGCUGCGCGAGCCGGGACCCGCGGCUGCGGCUCGGAAGGCUGAGCCGGAGGGCUCUGGAGACGGGCCCGACCACUCCGAGACGGCCCAGCACGGCCCUGGCUCCGCUGAGGCGCCCGGGGCCGGCCCCGCUGGGAAGGCCCAGGGCGCACGCGGGGCAGACAGCAGCGACGAGCAGAAGCAGACGGCGGCCGUGGCCCUCUGCCAGCUGGCGGCCUACAGCCCAGGCCCCGCCCGCGCGGGCGACGGGGAGCCCACGGCCCAGGGGUCCCCCUGCGCACACGACAAACCCACUCCCCGUGCCCCAGCGCGCCAAGAGCCUCCGAGCGACCUCAGACCCAGAGGGCAGAAGAGGGCGAGCCCGCGGGACGCGGGGAGGUCCCAGCCGGGGGCCAAGAAGGCGAAGCCGGGCGACUCGGCCCGCGUGCUCACGCUCCGAAGGAGGACUCGGGUGCCGUAG